GCAUAUGAUUGGCUGUAGCUAUGCAGGGUUUUUCUCCCAUUCUCUUUCUCUUUCCUUCUCCCCUGCCCCCCUCCCCAGUUUUUCAUUACUGUGAGGAGUUCAGCUUUGCCACAGCAGCAGCAGCAUGGAUAAUAUGCUGGCAACAGCUGUUCGACUCCAAGCUGCGCAUCCCUAGACACCUUUGCACAACAGUCCUGGGAAAGAAAAGAAGAGGAAGGGAGAAAGGCAAGGAAGGGAGGGGAAAGAGAAACGGAAGCCCGACCCCUAGAACAAAAGAGAAUCGUAGGCUUUCGUCCCCCUGUCUCCCCCCCCCUGCCUUUCCAGUCCCUCAAUCAAAGCAAGAAUUUCUACCGGCGUUUGCAGUCCGUGAAGGUCCACCACCGAGUGUGGUAUUCUUCUGGGCCAUCAUGUCCAAGCUAGGAACCAAGAGCAUGAGAGAUGGAGAGACAGACACGUCCUGCAAUGGACAAGCCGAGAGCCCUUUUGGAUCAAGAGAAGAAGAAAACAAGCAGAAAGUGGAACACAAGCAAAUAAUUGUGUGGAGGAAUGUCAUCCUAAUGGCCUUGCUUCACAUUGGGGCUGUGUAUUCCCUUCUUCUCAUUCCCAAGGCCCAUCUGUAUACUCUGAUCUGGACAUACAUAUGUUUCCUGAUGUGCGCCUUGGGGGUGACAGCAGGUGCCCACCGCUUGUGGAGUCACAGAUCUUACAAAGCCAAACUGCCACUGCGAAUAUUUUUGGCUGCAGCCAAUUCAAUGGCAUUUCAGAAUGACAUUUUUGAAUGGGCUCGAGACCACCGAGUGCAUCACAAGUACUCCGAGACGGAUGCUGAUCCCCAUAAUGCCAAGCGGGGGUUCUUUUUCUCCCAUAUUGGCUGGCUCUUUGUCCGGAAGCAUCGUGAUGUCAUUGAGAAGGGGAGAAAACUGGAUUUCAGUGAUUUAUUGGAGGAUCCGGUGGUGAGCUUUCAGAGAAAGUACUAUAAAAGUUCAGUUGUGUUGAUGUGUUUUGUCAUUCCUACUAUCUUGCCUUGGUAUCUCUGGGGCGAGAGCUUGUGGAAUUCAUACUUCUUGGCUUCAAUUCUCCGCUACACCGUCUCCCUCAAUGUUGCUUGGCUGGUCAAUAGUGUUGCUCACAUGUAUGGAAACAGGCCAUAUGACAAAGACAUCAACCCUCGGCAGAAUACCUUUGUCACUUUCGGAGCUAUUGGAGAAGGUUACCAUAAUUACCACCACACCUUUCCAUUUGAUUAUUCAGCCAGUGAGUUUGGCUUGAAAUUCAACCCAACCACAUGGUUCAUUGACUUCAUGUUUUGGUUGGGUUUGGUCACUGAGAGGAAGCAAGCACCCAAUGAGAUGAUCCAAGCUCGCAAACAGAGGACUGGAGAUGGUACUUCUUGAGAAACAAAUUGACUCUUGAAUGUCAAUGCUGCUGUGUUGUUUGUAUGUUUCUUGAUUGGGGGGGGGCUUCUGUCCCAAACCUUCUCUUAUAAUGAAAGUAGUAUUUUUCAUUGAAUGAUGGCCAAAUUCAUUUCUGGAUAAAUGUCAUUUUACUUUAAUGCAGUCAUUUUUUUAUUGCAGAAAACACUUUAAAUAUUCAUCCAUCUUCCAAGAAAGAUGUGAAAGUUCCAGCCUGCAAUUUUUCCAUAACAUAACGCCCUUCAGAUAUGUUGAACUCUAAUUCCCAUAAUCCCUACCACUUGCAGCCUUUGGACAUUUCAAGUCCAACACAUCUGGAAAACACCCGGUUGGGAAAGGCUGGAUGGGCAGUCUUCAGGGUUGUGGGUGCUAGUUCUACUGAAAACAUGAUAUCUACCAACCAUGGGGCAGAGUCAGAUGCAAAACUGUGAUGCAGGAGCAAAGCAGAUUUGACUCUACAUCUACCGAGGUACAUCUGACAUGUUGAACAUCAGGAACUCUGAUGCAGAAUGUAAAACUGGUCAGGAAAAACUGUGCAGUUUACUUACCUGGUCUAAAGCAUCCCUUCAUCUCAUAACAGGUCACUAGCUGCUACCAAAUACUGUAUGUUGAACCUCAUGAUUUGAGGGAAUGCUCUAGAUCAAUGGUUCUCAACCUUUUUUAAUGCCGCGACUCCCAACCGGUUGUAAGUCGAGGACUACUCAACUGGUCGUAAGUCGAGGACUACUCAACUGGUGCAGCACCGUUUGCAGAAUGGGACU